GGUUUAUUGCCUUUUCAUCCCAAAGUACAACUAUGAUUUCUGUCUUACCGGGGGACGUUUGAAAAGUCUAGGUCAUUGUUUCGUUAAUUAUCUCGCCUUUACUUUUUCAUUGUUGGAAACAUGUCUUAUAUGCUUUCUCACCUAACUAAUGGCUGGCAAGUAGAUCAGGCUAUACUAUCUGAAGAGGACAGAGUUGUCAUCAUACGCUUCGGUCACGACUGGGAUCCGUCGUGUAUGGUCAUGGAUGAAACUCUUUUUAAAAUCGCCGAGAGAGUGAAGAACUUCGCAAUCACGUACUUAGUUGACAUAACUCAAGUUCCAGACUUCAACAAAAUGUACGAAUUGUACGAUCCCUGCACUGUUAUGUUCUUUUAUCGUAAUAAACACAUUAUGAUUGACUUGGGAACAGGUAACAACAAUAAAAUCAACUGGCCCAUAGCGGACGGACAGGAAUUUAUAGAUAUUGUUGAAACAGUGUAUAGGGGUGCAAGAAAAGGUCGGGGCUUGGUCGUUUCUCCAAAAGACUAUUCGACUAAAUAUCGGUAUUGAGUUAUGUACUAUUUGUUCGUCUUGUUAUGUAUUUCUCAGUUCUUAUCCUGCAUUUCUGUGUUAAUAAAAUGUUUAUAAAUCUCAACUAAAGUUUGGUUGUUACUCCAUUUAUUUACAGUAUUGGCAAAUAAAAGUCUAGUGUAUUAUAUGUAGUCGGCCUAAUAUUUAUUCGAUAUGAGAAUAUCUAAGCCGUCACUUAUGCAAUACUUACCGGAGAACGCUUAUAGCACUAAAUUAUAUUGACAAAUAUUUUACAAAUUUUGGAUCUAAAUGUUCACAAACCGGGGUUUCCAUAUUUCUGUUACAUUUUGCUUUUUAAUCUGUACAUCACAUCACAUGUAAUGAUCUUCCAAGUAACAGGUAGUCUACCGAACCUAAUUGUAAUGAAAUACGUAAACAAUAAGCACUUCUAGGUUUCGAACAGAUGAACAAGCAUAGACAGGACUACCCCCUGUGUACAUAUCUUUUUUGACUGGUUUUAAUGUUAUUUCCGUAUGUUCUAUUAUUAUCGGCUGCAUCUAAAAGCUCAUAUAUUUUAGCUUCAACUGGGGUUGCAUUGAUUCAAACUUUGUAGGAUUAUAGAGUGGUUAUGAUUUACACUGUACUGUGAAGUCAGUUCGUAUCCAAUUAACACUAAUGAACUUAGUUUAUUUUUGUGUAUUUCUGACAAAUGUCUCUUGGUUCAAAUAAUUAAAUAAGCGAACUGGAAUAAAAAAAUCCCCAACAUGGCUGUGCAUUUAUCACUGUGAACCAAGUACCCAGUUCUAAGUUUGAGGAUGUUUACGUCCUGAAUAUGAACAUUUUUUCAAAGUAGUUGAGAGAUUUCUUGGAAAAAGCUAGUCGCCGUUUGAUAAUAACUACUGUGACACGCUUUUAAAAAGUCCGUCAAGUCUUUUACACAUUUUUUUGUGAAAAGCAGUUUCAGUGACUUAAAAUGUUAGGUAAUAUCAUUCAAAAGUGACCACAACGCCACUGAUGCUACUUCGGCCUGUUGUUGUCAAUACAGCUAUGAAAUUCGCCCGUAGUCAGCUUACUGUCUAGCCAAUCGAAGUAGGAUUCUGUGGUCGGACUAACCGAUACAGUAAUAGAAACUAACCCAUUUUCUUGAUUUCUGAAAUUUUUCACUGUAGUUAUUGUUACUUACCGAAAUUUUAAACCGAAUUGCAUCGUCGUAUUUACAACCAUAAAAUAUAUAGCAUACUUUAGCAUGUUGUCUGUGAAAAAUUGAGUGAUAUACACUUGUCAUGUUAUUCACAAAUACAGCUUUAGUUAUGCCUCAUGAUCAGGAGUAUAAAGUGAAGUGAAUCCUUGUCUUUCAAAUGUGUUAUAGUUCAACCCAGCUUGUUAUAUCUAAUGACAACAUGUAAAAUUCGGAUGUGGACUAACUAAACGGAAAUUAAACUUCGAGAAGGGGUAUGACCAAAACAAAAUGUCAAGUAUUUUAGGCAGUACAGAUGCAUCCAUUGUCGUUGCCCUUAUUUUUUUAACUCAACCGCCAGUAUGAAUUGAUGUGAAGUCACUAAGACGAGUACUUUUUUAAUGUUACUUAAGAUCACUGCACGAGUCUAUUGUCUCAUUUAGUUACCGAGGUAUCUGUGUGAUGUGUAUACCCAUUCACUUCCACCAAAGCUCAGUACGGUUCCGCUUAUUGAGUUUUGUUGUAUCAGGAGUGAAAUUACUUUCUGAGUGCCCCAGUGAAUGUAGUUUUCAUUGCGUCGGGACACGAGAAAUACCUCAUUUUGCAUAUUGAUGGGCUUGUCUCAUAGUCAUCACAAACAGCAAGGUAAUGAGUCAUUCAAAGUUUAUGUGUUCUUAUAUGAGUAGCUAAGGCGAUCGAUACUCUUAACACGUCAACUUCCUGCAACCAAACUAGAUAGGUUACUUUGCUAGUUCCAAACCUUCACUCCACGGUUCGUCAGUUGACUAUAUGAGUAUUCUAAAACCCCUUUAAGCUAAUACACCAUGAAGUGUAAGACCUUGAAGGCUUAUAUCUACAUAUACUUGUUCUAUCAAUAAUUUUCUCAUUUAAAGCGUAUAUACUGCAGUAGAAACUUUUUCGAAUGCAUCUAUUAGCAACCUUCCUGAAACUGUGCUUGUCAAAAUGGUUUGCUCUAUUUUCUCUAAAACCGCUGGUUUGUUGGAGGGAUGUGUUUAGUUCAAAUUUACCCUAUGAAGUGCGUAAACAACACAUUUACUCGUUCACUAAUAAUUAGAAGUGAAUACUAUCAAAUACCUAAAAGCGUGAUUAAAAUAUAUUUAAGGCUUUUUCUGACAAGUUAUCUUCAAGCAUAAAAGCACUUGCGUCUAGACCCUAUAAUAGUGUUGAGAUGUGUUGUGAGAUAACUUCUCUAAAACAAGUCUAUGAUGGUAGUCUGGCAUGAAUGUCAUUUCUAUAUCAAGACUAUCAGAAUUUUCUUGAAAGCUGUGAGGCUGAAUGACCAUUAUAGAUUUUCGUUUUUUCGCUUCUGUAAUUUUUAAAAACUUAUUAGUGGUUAUUAUACGAGGACAACAAUAAGUUGUCCUUAUUUCUGUAACUUGCACAAUAUUGGUCUUUUAGACUACUCUGACCUUAUUACUAGCUGGUCUCUAAGAUAUGUACUUAGUUUAUGAAUGGUUAUACGCAUACGUUUACAAUUAUCACUGUAAGUAGCUUCGUAUAUGUCCGUUUAUUUUCAUAUGACAAAAAAGAUUGAUUUCUAGUAACUAGUAGAGUUAUGAUUAUUGUUCAUUAGUUUAUUCAUUUGUUCUUCAUUAGAUAUCAACAAACUGUUGGUAAUCAUCCAUAAUCCUGAUGUAUUUUUUCUUCAGACUUUUUCUUUAAGGUUAAAGAGGGAUGUUAAAUAUGUCUGAUUUAUCUGAUACCGAUCGAGAACGUAUCGGGAAACUGUUCAGCGAUUUAGAUAUAGAUAAAGACGGUCGCAUCAGUGUUAAUGAACUUAGUCGUGUCAUAAAAGGAAGCAAAGAUGAAUCAGAUACUAAAAACAAAACAGCUAAGAAAAUUAUGACCAAAGGAGAUAUGGACAAAGAUGAAACACUUACAUUUCAAGAGUUUCUUUCUUACAUUCAUGACACUGAAACUCAUUUGAAACUCGCGUUUAAAGAAAUUGAUCAGAACGGUGAUGAUCGAAUAGACGCUAGCGAAAUCCAGUCAGCCAUGAAAAGACUUGGUGCUAAUGUUAGCGAAGCUGAUGCACAGAAGUUGCUUAAGCGUAUAGAUAAGGACGGUUCCUUAGACAUUGAUUAUAAAGAAUGGAGAGACUUUUUGCUAUUUAGUGGGACUUCAAAGAUUGAUGAAAUAUUUAGAUAUUGGCGACAUGCAUCAGCCAUUGACAUAGGUGAAAAUAUGUGUGUUCCGGAUGAUUUCACAGAAGAAGAAAAGAAAUCGGGAGAUGCUUGGAAAACAUUGGUCUCAGGAGGUAUUGCUGGUUGCAUCUCUAGAACUGUAACGGCGCCUUUGGACCGCAUUAAAUUAACAUGGCAAGCACUUGGAAGUAAGGCUUCCGAAGUAGGUUUAUUGGGAACAGUCAAUAAAAUGGUUAAAGAAGGUGGGGUAACAGCAUUAUGGCGUGGAAAUGGUGUUAACUGUUUAAAGAUUGCUCCAGAAUCAGCAAUUAAAUUUCAGGCUUAUGAAGUUUACAAGUGCUGGCUAAAUGAAUCAUUUGGUAGUAAUCCAGAUGGAAGUCUUCAACUACAUACUAAAUUCUUAGCCGGUUCAUUGGCUGGUGCAACUUCCCAAAGUAUUAUAUAUCCUAUGGAGGUAUUGAAAACACGAAUGUGCUUGCGCAAAAGUGGGCAGUACUCGUCAAUAUUUGACUGUGCUCGAAAGUUAUAUCACAGUAAUGGUAUUACUGUAUUCUAUCGUGGCUAUGUGCCUAAUAUACUGGGUAUUCUGCCGUAUGCUGGAGUAGAAUUGGCUAUGUUCGAAACAUUUAAACAAUCAUAUUCUAAAGCAUUUUUAUCAAAGGAUGAGAAGUCUCAAAAUAUACCUCCACCAGUCUAUGUUUCUGUUGUAGCCGGUGCUCUUUCAUCAUUAUGUGGUCAGUUAGGCACGUAUCCAUUGGCGUUAGUUCGGACAAAACUUCAGGCACAGGCAUCUUCAGAAAAAACUGGAUUAUUAAAGAUUGUCAAAAAUAUUGUGGAACAUGAAGGUAUACCAGGUUUAUUUAGAGGAUUAGGGCCAAAUAUUCUUAAAGUUCUACCGGCUGUUAGUGUUUCGUAUGCAUGUUACGAUCAAAUUAAAGCAUUUCUACAAGUUUCAAAAUAGAUCUCUAUACCAUUUUACUUGUCUAAAUGUUAGAUCCUGACCAUUUUAAAAAUCACGUUUGUAUUCUAUCUAUAAAAUACAUUCGGAUUUCCGAAAACUUAUUUAUGUUCACUGUUUAAUUACUGGAUGCAAAUACUCUUAUUUUUUGUUGUUGUUUAGUUAAUCGCUUUAUAUUUUAUCAGAAGAUAAAUAUCAAUUAAUUGUAAUGAAGCAUAUUUUAUUUUUGAAUGAUAUAUAUAGCUUAUUUUCUUUUAAUGUGAUGUUAUUGUUUCAACAUUGAAAUUUGAAAUGAGAUUUGUAUCCUAUUUUAGUUCAUGAUUAUCAUCAUCUUUCUGAAUGUUUUUAUUUUCAUCAGCAAUAAGAAAUGGAUAUAUUUUAUAUGCACAUAUAUAUUAGUUUUCUGAUACUUAGACAUUUGCUAACUUUUUUCUACAAUGUUUUACUUUUCCUUUUUUUCCGCUAACACUCAUCAUUAAUUUCUCUAAUCGAUUUUCAACAUAUCGCAUACAUCUUUAAGAUCUCUCUUGUCAGCAUAAUGGAUUAUUUCGUCUAAAAUGUUUAUUUUUGCUGUUGCUUAAAUUCGUAUUUUGAAUACACUUUUUAUAAUCUUUCUUACUUUAUAUACCGUUCUGUAUAAAUCAAUUAGUUAUUUGGUUUUUACAGUUUUGGAAUGGAAUUGAAGGACUAAAUCAAAAUAAAUUCUCGUUUUCAUAUGAUUACCUGAACAGUUUUUCUAAUCAGUCAUCAUUCAAAGAUAUUAUCUCAUCACUGCUUUUAUUUACUUAUCGUUCUGCAGCCACAGUGACUUUUGGUUUAAAAUUCAGCUUCCGACCAUUGGGUCGGCAUUUCAACAUCCCCAACUGGUCAGCAUCAUUAGCUGUCAAACAAUGUAUAGUUUGAAGAUCUAUGAACAUUUAUUUUUGAAGUGUUAAAACAGUUUCGUACGACGAACUUGUACCACGCUAUGUAAACAAACGUUUUUAGAAAUGCAAGAGAACAAAGUAAAAUGACAAUUCAAAAAUUGAACUGAAAUAGUGAAUCCCAAAUAGUUGAACCAGUAAAUAUAGUUCAAAGUUGUUAAUUGAAGCUGUUAAUGUAACAUCAGAGAGAAGUCAAUAGUUUACUGACUCAGCAGAUGAACAUGAAUCAGAGAUAAAGAUGAUUAAGUCAAUCUUUAAAGAUAACCUUUCAAGAUUACUUCCUUAAUGGUCUAUCAAAUGAACAGUUUAUAACUUCUUCAUUAUCAGAUAUCUUCAUACUGAAUCGUUCAUUUCAAGGCCUAUUUAGUCACCUACUUGUUUCCAUUCCACUAUUCAUACUACUGACCCCCUUUUCAGCGACGUCAAGCUUUUUCUUAUUAAAUACCUAUUAGUCUUUUCUGUAUUCCUGUGGAUUUAAUAAAUUUAUCAGUCAAGCAUUUUUUUCUUACUAACUAGUGCCAAUCGAGGGGAUAAAAGGUUUCUAUUUGUUUCUAUUCUAAAAACUUGGUAUUUUUUUGAAUGCUCGGGGUGUAUUACUUUCACGAUUGAAAUAAAAUAAAAUUACUGUGGAAAUAGAAGGUUGAUUACAUUCUGCAAAAUAGGUUUCGUGAAAUCUGGCUACUUCAAAAAUUGCUCUAAAUGUUUUGAAGGUGUUGACUAUAUACUCCGUAUUCAAGACUGUAUGUUAAGUGGAUUACAUGGAGAUUUAUGAUCAUGCCAUAUUUUAUGUUCCUUUUGCUUCAGUUACAUAUAUAUAUAACUACGGUAAAUAGUUGUCUAAUGAGUGACAACUGGUGUCUAACUUUUUCACUCAACGGUUCAUGGGACUAUCCAAAAUCCAUGUAAUUUCUGUACGGGUAGACGGUUUUUUAAAAUUUAAAUCAUGAGCCGAUGAAAGUUAGGCGAACAUAGGAAAAGUAGAAGCACUAGAUGGCAGUUUCGUCCUGGUAUGGGACUCAGUGGUGCGCACCCACGACCCUAAAAGCAGGAAUUGAACCAGUCAUCCUUGAGAGGCUGAUUAUGAAUACAGUGAUCUUGAGUGCUGUUAGAGGUAUGAGGGCGGUUAUCACUUCCCGGUUGCCCACACCGUGGAAGUGUUCUUCUGGAGGUGCCUGAAAAGGAAAUUGAAUUAGAGGUGGUCUUAAUGACCUGAGAGCGUGACCGCAG